CGGCGCGCCCGCCUUAAAGCGGUGACGCUACAAGAUGGCGGCGCUUUGAAUUGGCGGCUGCGGGCGCGACAUGGAAACUUCGGCCCCAAGAGCACCCGGCCCUGGGCCGCCAGGGUUAACAUAUUGGAUAUUUGUCAUGUACCACCAAGAAUGAUAACGCUUAAAGUCAAUGGAUAAAUGCAAGCAUGUAGGGCGGCUUCGGCUUGCCCAGGAUCAUUCGAUUUUAAACCCCCAAAAAUGGCAUUGUGUGGACUGCAAUACUACGGAGUCGAUGUGGGCAUGUCUCAGCUGUUCACAUGUUGCCUGUGGACGUUACAAUGAAGAACAUGCACUAAAACAUUUUCAGGAAAGCAAGCACCCGGUAGCCUUGGAAGUCAAUGAAUUUUAUGUAUUUUGUUACGUUUGUGAUGACUAUGUGCUGAAUGACAAUGCGACAGGCGAUCUCAAAUUGUUGCGGAGCACAUUAAGUGCGAUCAAGAGUCAGAACUAUGAUUGUACAACUCGAAGUGGUAGGACUUUACGGUCAAUGGCAGGAAGUGAUGACUCUUACCUUUCUCGGGGCUGUGCACAAGCGCAGCUGCGAAAUGAGGACAGGAUGUUCACUGCACUUUGGCAUCGACGUAAACUGCUCUUGUCUAAGGUGUUUCAGUCUUGGUUCGCUCUGACAAGCAGUGGCAAGCUGAGGCUCGAAGAAGAACGAUUAAGGGAAGAGGCCGAACUGAAAAGGGAAGAAGCCAGAAAAAGACGACAAGAGCUAAAGCAGCGGAUACAUGCUGAGUUGCUGAGUGCACCACCACGUAAGAGUUCCCGUUUAAAUGAACUCUCUCAAGUUAGUGACGCAUCGGCUGUACGAUCACCAGCCAAAUAUAGAGGAGUGACAACUGGCCUUACCUCGAGCACAGUGAGAUUGAAAAAAAUUGGUGAUUCUCCUAUUAAACGGAGACCAACUGUCACACCUGGUGUGACAGGACUGAGAAACUUAGGAAAUACAUGCUAUAUGAACUCCAUUCUGCAAGUGCUAAGUCAUCUGCAAAUAUUUUGCGAGUGUUUCCUACAUUUUGAUUUGAGUCAAACUCAGGAGCUGCUGGCCAGUACAGCAAAUGGGAAAACUAGACCCUCAAGCCGGCAAUAUUUGGCUAGUGACAUUAAUUCAAGCACAUCUUUGAUAGAUGAGGAAAAAAUCUUGAGACGACCCAGUCUUUCUGAAGGAUUGAGUGGGGGAGCAUCGAGUAGCAGGAAUAGGGAGCUAAUUCAGUUGAAGGAGCCAAGUUCAAAGCACAUCUCUCUGUGUCAUGAACUCCACACCCUUUUUCUGGUAAUGUGGUCUGGCAAGUGGGCUUUGGUAUCUCCCUUUGCUAUGCUUCACUGUGUAUGGCGAUUGAUCCCAACAUUCCGUGGAUAUGCUCAGCAGGAUGCUCAAGAAUUCCUCUGCGAGUUAUUGGAUAAAGUCCAGCAGGAGUUGGAAGCUACAAAAACAAUGUGUACAGCCCCAAUCCCCAUAUCGCAGCGACAGCUAAUCAAGAGAGUUCUUACUGUGGUCAACACCAUUUUCCACGGACAACUACUCAGUCAGGUAUUGGUUGCAUUACCGAGCAAGUCUUUACGGUGGCAUUUUCUGAUUUUUGACAAACGAAUGAUGUAG